AUGCCCGCAGCCAUGACGAGAUCCGCUUCCUCUUACGAUCGAGAGGCCAUGAAUGAAUUCAUCAUGUCGCCGGUCUCCAAUGAUAUGAUCCGAUAUUUGGCCCAGAAAGCAACCCAGGUCCUCCGCUGCGAAGACGAAGUUAUGCUGUCUACAUACAGCCAGGGGCAGCCCCUCACUCCACCCGACAGCCCCAAUCCCGACCUCGCUCCUCUUCCAUCAGUCGAGACGUUUAUCCGCAACCUCGUCAGGCGAUCGCACGUCGAGGUACCCACAUUGAUGACUUCGCUGGUGUUCCUCGCCAGAUUGCGUGCCAAGCUGCCUCCGAUGUCGAAAGGCAUGCGGUGUACGCCUCACCGGAUAUUUUUGGCGUCCCUCAUACUUGCCGCCAAGAACCUCAACGAUUCGAGUCCCAAAAACAAACAUUGGGCACGUUAUACUAUUGUGGACAAUUACGAAGGAUUCGGAUUCGCAUUGACCGAAGUCAAUUUGAUGGAACGUCAGCUGCUCGCGUUGCUGAAUUGGGAGACUCGAGUCACGGAAAGCGAUAUUCUGGAACAUUUUGAGCCGUUCCUCGCGCCAAUUAGGGAUCGCCUCAAGUUGCGGGAUGAAAUAGAAACCGUUCGCGGGAAUGAGUGGCAGCGCCAAUUGGCCUUGCUACAAAAAUCCCAGUCUCGAAACCUGUCGCCGCCCAGUUGCAUGCCAACUGGAGGUGUCUACGAUUCUCCCCGGUCCGUUUCUAGCAGAGCUGGGUCGCAUCACAAGCGUCGUCAAUCCUCUUACAGCAGCGGUCGCUCCCUCUCUCCCCCCUCUCUCAAAGAUGUCCCCGGUCUAAGUUACGAGGCCAGCAUCCGUGGUUCCUCAUCCCGGUCCUCUAGCAUUGCUCCAAGCUCUCGAGGAACUCCAGCAAGUUUCAGCACGCACUCGACCGCGGAUUUUGUCGUCGACGAAGGCAAGCAGAGUCCGUCAAUGUUGUCAAGCUAUGUCACUAUUCAACAUCAGCCGAAAAUCAAACCCCACGUGUUCCCGACCCAUGGCCCCCAGCAACAUUUGAGACCUACCAAGGGCCAUGGAAUGAGCGCCAACGGGAACUUGUUUUCGAGGUUUUUCAACUCAGCAGCGAGUUCGUACGUGGAAAAACGGAUGGCUCGAGCUGCCAGGGUGUAA